CUCCGUGUUCUUCGAAUCUACCAAGUAACUCUCCACCGACAGAAUUUUACAAUUUUUAUAGAAACUCCAUCUCAUUUUGGUAAAUGACCUUAAUGUGGUCCUCCCAAGAUUCUAUUUUCCUUCAAUAAUCCCUCAAAAAUUUCUUUUUGUUAUGGAUUCAAGAAAAUACCCAAUCAGGUUCUUAGAUUAAUUAUUCCUUUAAAUCCCUUGAAAAGAACCCACGAUUCUUGAUUUCCAGUUUUAUAUUCGCCACCACGAAUCGGUGUUUAGCUAGAAACCCAUUAUGCUAGAUCGGGUCCUCAGCCCCCGCCGUGCGCGGCAAUUCCAGAGGCUUAUACGGAAUGGGAAGAUUACACUUCUUUGCCUUUUCCUUACAGUAAUUGUUUUGCGCGGAAAUCUGGGCGCCGGAAAAUUUGGCACGCCGGAGAAGGACCUUGACGAGAUCCGGGAAACGUUUUCUUACAUCCGCCGGCGGUCAGAACCCCGCCGCGUGCUGGAAGAGGCGGAGAAUGUUCAAAAAUCCAGUUCAGCAAGUGAUAGUAUGGAAAAAGGGAGUAACAAUUAUGCGGAAUUUGAUAUAAGAAAGAUCUUGAAGGAUGAAGAUGAUGGGAUUGAAGAAUUUAAGAGGGAUCUUUCGCAGCCGUACAGCCUCGGCCCAAAGAUUUCAGAUUGGGAUCAGCAAAGAGGUGAGUGGUUGAAAAACAACCCAAAUUUUCCGAAUUUUAUUGCUCCUAAUAAGCCUAGAGUGUUGUUAGUUACUGGGUCAUCCCCGAAGCCAUGUGAGAAUCCUGUGGGGGAUCAUUACUUGUUGAAGUCUAUAAAGAAUAAGAUUGAUUAUUGUAGGCUACAUGGUAUUGAGAUUUUUUAUAAUAUGGCUUUGCUUGAUGCGGAAAUGGCUGGGUUUUGGGCAAAACUACCUUUGAUUAGGAAGCUGUUGUUGUCGCAUCCGGAGGUGGAAUUCUUGUGGUGGAUGGAUAGUGAUGCGAUGUUCACGGAUAUGGUGUUCGAGGUGCCAUGGGAGAGGUAUAAAGAUCAUAAUUUUGUGAUGCACGGGUGGAAUGAGAUGGUUUACGAUCAAAAGAACUGGAUUGGAUUGAAUACGGGAAGUUUCUUGUUGAGGAAUUGCCAAUGGUCUUUAGAUAUUCUUGAUACUUGGGCACCAAUGGGGCCGAAAGGCAAGAUUAGGGAGGAGGCCGGUAAACUCUUGACUCGGGAGCUCAAGGAUCGGCCUGUUUUCGAAGCUGAUGAUCAGUCUGCAAUGGUGUAUAUAUUGGCAACUCAAAAGGAUAAGUGGGGUGAUAAGGUUUAUCUUGAAAAUGCAUAUUAUUUGCACGGUUAUUGGGGCAUUUUGGUGGACCGGUAUGAGGAAAUGAUCGAGAAUUAUCAUCCUGGCCUUGGCGAUCAUCGGUGGCCCCUUGUUACUCACUUUGUGGGUUGCAAGCCUUGUGGGAAGUGCCAUAUGGAUUUAAACCUUUACAUGGUGAAAAUGUCUCAAAAGUUGAUCAAGCUAAGAAAACCAUCAUAA